UCUGGCAACAACAAGCAUCCGCGCAAUGAGCGACACGGCCUCGCCGAGACCAAGAAAGCGGCGACGCGUGAGCGCGUCCCCGGCCCCAGGCAUAACCCUCGACGACACGGCCUUCCCGCACAUCCUCGACCAAGUCCUAACCUACGCUUCCCUGCCCACGCUCUACACCCUGCGGCUCGUCUCAAGGUCCGUCCAGACGCGCGUAGACACGCUCCUCUACACGCAUGUGCGCCUCUCCCUCUCCGCGCAAGACGAGGACGCCGACGGCGAGCCCUACGGCGUGGUGAUGUCCGGUCUCGACGCUAAGCUGCCAGGCUUCUGGCCGCGCACGUCGCAGUGGUGGUCGUUCGCAGUCGGCCUCACGCGGCCAGAGGACUCGCACACCGAGCCCGCGCGCGACGUCGUAGCGGACAUCACGCCUCCGCAGCGGCGCGCGCAGCUCGCGCGCUGGUCCGGCGCGCUAGCGCACGUCCGCACGCUGGACGCCGAGACGGGCGGCAUUGCGGCCGGGUGGAUCGCGCUCCAUGUCCCCCGGCUCCGCACGCUGCGCGUCUUCUCCGACGAGAAGGGGGUGUAUCCCUCCCGCCUGCCGUCGGCGCACACGCUCGUCAUCUUCCCGCCGUCCCAGCCCAGCCUCGAGACGACGAACGGGCCAAGCUACGCCCCGCGGACGCGACACAAGGCGGCGCGCACGCUGCCGCUCGGCGCCAAGCGCGUAGUCUACCACGUCAAGUUCCCCGUUGCGCCUGACCCGCUCCUCGUGUGGUCCUGGCCCGAGGGGUACAUUGCCGACGAGGAGGUGUUCGUGUUCUCCGACUCGGCACCGAAUAUCGUGCCGGGCGAGUUCUUCGUGUGCCAGGCCGUCAUGCGGCACGGCGUCUCGCGGCGCUUCCCCAAACUCGCGGCCGAGGUCGCGCGCCGCAUACGACGAGGGGUCAAGGUCACGCUGGUCGACUACGACCUGAUUGACGGCAUCUGGCUCCAGUUCGAGCCGGGCAGCAUGCGCCGCCAGCUGCUCGACUGUAUCGGCGAGCUGUUGGCCCAGGAGGAGGAGGGCAAAGAGGCUGAUCUCGUGCUGCCUGUCCCUGCUGGCGCGGUGGACGAGCUGCUGCACUUUGUCAGCGGCGAGGAGUGGCGCGCGGGCCUGAGUGAUGAGGACGCCGCGCUGUUCGCCGUGCCGGAGAGAGCUACUGCACUGCUGGAGCGCGUGAGGGAGAAGAACCACGCCGAGGACAAGCUCUCCAGCAUGAUUAUCAACACGCUCCGACAUGAGAUUCCCGGCCCGCACCCGUUUGACGACUAG